CUCACUGAAUUCUACUGGACUCUUCUCUCCUUAUGAUAACCUGCUCUUCUGUCCUCUCACCUGAGACUACACCCUUGCAGACUUUCUAAUAAACUCCUCCUGCAGCGCACAGAUCCGCCUCAUAUCUGGAUUUGGUUUAGGCUCUCCACAACACCCCCCGCAUCCCCGUUGCCGGCCUUGUUUCGUCGCGUCGCGGGAACGGGGACGGGCAGCAUCAUACUCUACCGUGCACGGCAUGACAACUGUUCCUCCUCCACCCACCCAUCACCGCGAACGACCCAUCAUCCCUCGAACCAAAAAGACAGAAACUCUAAAAGAAUUCCAAAACUCCACACAUCGCCCCCAACAAGCCCAACCACCGCCGUCAUGUUCGCAAUAAUCUGCCCCGGUCGACCCGUCAUAACUUCCCUUCACUCCAUAAAUCCCACCACUUUCGUCCAAACCCUCACACUCCCUGUAAAUCACAUAGUAGUAUUUCUACUACCAGACACGCACAUACCACCAACCCAUGCGGCGAGUGUCCACAUACAAUUCCCGAACCAGCCGUUUCGCAUCCUGGGUGCUAUAUCUGCUGCUAAACCGAGUGCCAUAUUCCGGGUCGAUGCCAAGGCCUUGGAGGGCGAGGUUGUUGUAGGGGUUAGUAUUGAGGAGGCGGGGAAUGUUGCCUGGAAGGUUGGUGAGGGGGCGGGAGUGCCGGGGGGGAAGGGGAAACAGGUCGAGACGGUGGUUUUGGCUAGGAGGAUUAUUACGGAUGCGUUUAAUUUUUUAAGUUCGUUCGCGAGCGCAGCUGAUGGGAGUCGUGGUGAGCGUGGGUGGGAGGAGCUGGUCCCCUUAAAGGCCUUUAGGGAUUGGUGGGUCAAGUUUGAGAAGAAGAUUGAGUUGGAUCCGGGGUUUUUGGAGAGGGAAGGGGAGGAUUGA